AUGGCUUCCAGGCUGGCAGCCUGUGAAGCCUGUAGAAAGGCCAAGGUUGCCUGUGACCACAAGCGGCCAGCAUGUACGCGCUGUGCCAGCAACAACAACGCGGCCAUCUGCAUCUACCGGGCCGCCCCGUUCAAGAGGAGAAGGACGGACGUUUCCCCUUCCCGGCAGACCUCAAGAUACUUACCCCCUCACUCACCUGUGAAUAGUAGCCCCUCCUCCCCGUCAUUUACCCCGAGAACAACCAACCCCUAUCCGAACCCCGGGUUCCUGGGAUCCUCCAGCCAUGUGGCCAUCUUUAACCACAUCUCCCCGGACGACGACUCUCACGGCCCAGAUGCAUAUCACGCGUCCAACUCGGACAUGACGCUCCUCGACCCGCAGUCCGCGGGCGACAACAUCCUGCUGAUCCAAGGCGCUGAUAUCCUCAAACAGCUCCUGAACACAUUCCCUCUCCCCGCGAUGCGAGAUCUCGUCCUGCUCUGGCUCGCGAAAGGGACAAACCUUGCCCUCGCAGAGCCUUUCACCCAGCAAUGUAGCGAACACAUCAACCAGCUGUUCAUGGUGUUUUCCCAGGAGGCGCACUGGCAUCUGGCGUAUGCGCGGCGCUUGUUGGAGAAUUCGCGGCGGCCAUUGAUAGCCGACGAAUCGUCCGAGAUCUCGAGCUUUUCGGCGCAGUUCCUGGGCCAGAACUAUCGCUGGGAGAGUAUGGGCAUCUUUCUCUGCGCGGUGAGUCGGGCGACGAUCGAUGUCGCCUUUUAUCCGGCUUUGUAUACAUCGGAGAAGGAUCAGAUCGCGCUGCGGAAGCUCUCCACUCGGAUGAGUGAUCUGGCGUUGGAUAUCGCGCUCUCGCUGGACUGCUUGAACGAUCUGCAGCUGGUGCUGCAGUACGAGAACUUCAUCCUGCACUCGCAUGUGAAUGGGGAUCAGAGCUACCAUUCAUGGAGCAGACUGGGGAAUGUCUUGACCUCGAUGUUUGCCCUCGGGUAUCACGAGAAUGUCGAGAAGACGAGACCACGCCGGCCUCCGUUCCUGAUAGAACUGCGAAAGGCAGCCUGCGCCACGGCCUACUCCGCAGACAAGAACGUCGCCGUCUUUCUGGGCCGGCCGCCGCGGAUGUCCAAGCGGUUCUGCCACUUUCAAGUCCCCUUGACUCCGACGGGCCCAGACCAGAGCCCGAACGCUUCAUCUGUCUCUGGAGAUGUUACGGCAUGGGACCCCAACACACCGUUCAGCUACAGAGCAGAGCUUCGCUGGUCUGCACUCUGUGCCUCCUUGAAGGAAGAGAUCCUGGAGCUAUUUCGGGAUAAGCGUCGUGAGACGUAUAGCCAGAGAGCCAGUGCCAUCGAGAAUGAAGCCCACGCGCAGUGGAUGGCACUCCCGUCUCAUUUCAGACUGGCGUGCAGCUUACGAGAGUGCUCGCAGAGUCCAUUCGAGCGGGACUUUUUGGCUGGGGUGCGCCUCAACCACCUGCACGUAUUGUUUCUGCUACGACUGCUUUCGCUCGAUACGCUCACGGAGCCGGAUAGGCCCGUCGUGGAUGUCUCCGAACAAAUCCUCAGUCUUGUAGUCGAAAUCAUUCUUCUUAGAGACCAGCUCGUCAACUCUGGAACGGGCCUUGUCUGGAAGGUAGCUCAUUACGGCCUCCCCUCCGCCGGAAUCCUCCUCCUCUCCAUGCUGAGACAACAGUCCACGCAGCACGCGGAAAGGACCCCGUGGUCCAAACCCCUACUGAAUCUGGGGAUCUUUGUCGCGCAGAUCCAGGCCGGGAGCAUUGUCCGGCCUGGGGAUCCGAAUUACGCCUUGAUCUCGAAGGCAACCCAUACGAUCGACAGGUUCCUUGACUCUGUGCAUCGCGAAGGGGCAUUGCACGAUCCGGCGAGAGUCUCGUCCCGGGUCGAGGAGGGUGGGGACUGGGCGGCGCUGUUCAGCCAGGAUCUGUACGAUUUCGAGGCUGCUUUUUGGCAGAAUGUUGCCGAUCAUCCUUCUUUGUUGGGGCCGGAGGCUGCCUUGUCGGAUAUAUAG